UAUACAAGCAAUUUUAAAGAUGUGGACUUCAUGCAAUUACGUAACCAUUGUUUCUAUCAACAUGUUGGUGUUUUUGAUCAUGUUACUUACCAAACUACCUUCUUCAAUGGCUCAACUGAGGCCAGAUUUUUAUGCUAAUUCUUGCCCACACGUCGAAUCGAUCGUUCGAAACGUGGUACAAGAGGUUAUGUCAUCUGAUCCUAGCAUCGCCGGAGGUCUUCUUAGACAGCAAUAUCAUGAUUGUUUUGUUAAUGGAUGUGAUGCAUCAAUCCUGCUAGACAAUAGUGCCACCAUUCGAAGUGAGAAAGAUUCGAUAACAACGAAAUUCGGGAAAAAUUACGAUGUUAUUGACAAGAUCAAGUAUGCCAUUGAGGCUUCUUGUCCUGGAGUUGUCUCUUGUGCUGAUAUUAUUGCUCUUGCAGCCGAGAGUUCGGUCUCCUUGUCAGGAGGGCCUUCAUGGACUGUGAUGUUAGGAAGAAGAGACAGUACGACAGCGUAUCAAGCCGAAGCCAACAGAGAUCUUCCUGCUUCUUUCUCUAACUUCACCACUCUUUCUUCCAAGUUCUUAAAUAAAGGCCUCAAUCUCACUGACCUCGUUGCAUUGUCUGGUGGUCAUACAAUUGGAGUUGCUCAUUGCUCCACAAUCAAAUCUCGACUCUACAAUUUUGCUCCUUCUGGAAGCCCAGAACUAAAUUCAUCAUAUUUAGCAAAGUUGCAAGAAAUCUGUCCACAACACAGCAAUGUUGAUCGUGUAAUAGGCCUUGAUCUCAGAACCCCCAUAAGAUUUGAUAAUAGUUAUUUCAUCAAUCUUGUGCAAAAUAAAGGCCUCCUAAUCUCAGAUCAAGAUUUAUUUUCAGCUCCUGAUUCUCUUACUGUAGAUCUUGUCAAGAUUUACAGCAGUAACCAGAAAAUUUUCUUUGAUCAUUUUGCUCAUUCAAUGAUCAAGAUGGGCAAUAUCAAUCCUUUGACCGGGAACGAUGGCGAGAUACGAUCAAAUUGUAGGAAGCCUAAUAGUGCAAAUUAGAAACUAAAAUGUAAUUCCAUCAUGCAUAGUUUUACUUAAUUUUGUUUCAUAUUGCACUAUUGCUAAUAAUUAUAAUAAGCAGAUAUUUGCCCAUAGCUUGCGCAUUUUAUGUUAUAACUAGUGUGUGGCCCGGGCGAUGCCCCGGGGUUACUGUUAACAUGUUUAUAUGGUUUAACUUGUGUGUUUAUCAUUUGUAAUACCAUGUAGUUAGUAAGUUGCUCUAUGCACGAAUAAUUUUGACCAGAAUUCAUUGUCAUUCUUACUUUUGAGACAGUGGAAAUAUGUCAAGUGUGUGUUAAACCAAUACUGAAAAACAUCAUAAAGUGCAUAACAAUUUCUUUUUGGCAGACAAUGCUCUUAUUGUUGUAGCUAAGCAUCAUAAUCUUUUUUGUUGUUGCUUCGAUUUGAGCUUUGCUAUAUACUUGGUUGGCUACUUUUUGGCGGUUGGGUUGUCAUGUUGUUCUUCUUCCCUGCAUUUUUGUUAUAUGUAUAAUACAUGGGUUAGUUUUUGCGAUGGUUGUCAUGGUAAUCGUUUGUAUUGAUUUUGUGAGUGUAAUGUCUUACACAAUGUUUCUGUUCCUCUUUUUUGUGGUAUUUUCUGCUUCUUCAGUUUGUGUUGGUUCACCAAGGAAUUGACUUUCUAUAUUUGUGUCUUCACCACUGUCAUCGAGUACUUGGCUUCCUUGGCUUCCCGUUUCGACCGUUGUUGGAUUUUUUGCAUUUAUGAUGUCUGCAUCUUGUCCUUUCUCCUGCAAUUAUGAAUAUCAUGUAUGUGUUAAUCGUUUACGGUAAAAAAAAAUAUUUAUUUUGUUGGUUUAUACUUUUUUAAUGCUUGCCAUAUCUUUGUGUUGUUGUUCCUCGUAUGAUUUUUCUAGUUGGUAGUUUGUCUCAAAUGUCCUUUGGCAAAUCAGCUCAGUUGUCUCACUCCUUGUGGUGAGCUUGACUCUGAACGCAAAAUUUUUUCCAAUACAAAUUUGUAGCCGUUCUGUCACCUUCUCAUUGCCAUUUU